AUCGUCGAUGUUUCUAAGUUACGACAGGAUUUAAACUGUUAAAGAGAAAGGGGCGGGGCCGGCAUCGUUUGGGGAAAGUACCCGGAUGCGUUGCUCUCAUGAAUAAGGAGGAAGCGCUCGACGGUCAAUUAACGUACUGCUGACAGAAGUAUUCAAGAUCCUACAAUGUGGACUGAUAAGCAAAGAGGAAUCAGAGUUUCUCAGCAGGAGCUGCUCUGCAAGAACGCCUGUGGUUAUUAUGGAAACCCUGCGUGGCAAGGUUUCUGCUCCAAGUGCUGGAGAGAGCGGGCACGUCCAGCUGCUGACCAGAGACAGGACACGAGGUCGACCAAUGAUGGAACUCCGCUCACCUUCUCCAAAUUCGAGGAGAAGAAAAGUACUGAGAAAGGUCGUCGCAUCAACACGAUGAGGAGACUCUUCUGGGGCAACCCAUCGCCUCCCAAACGUCAAGAGUCUCCAGAAAGCCAUGCAAACGUGUUAAAAGCCUUUCAGAGCCUCGAGCCCCGGGAUUUUCCAGGUUUCCUAAAGAUACUACGAAGCCCUUCCUCUCAGCGCUUGCAGUCCAGAUGUACAGCUUUCCUCAACACAAUGGAGGCUUAUCAUCAUCUCCCGGUUCAGAAGCAGUCAGACCUCGUGCAAGAUUUCUACCAGUCUUUUGCUGAAUAUUUUAGCACUUUCCCUGAGGCUCAGGUCACUCAGAUCAUGGAGCAUGUGGAGAAGCUUAUAAUGACUCGGCUGCACAAAUGGGUUUUCUGCCACGACAGCUGUGACGAUGAACAGAAGGACCUCAUUCUCCAGAGGAGGAUACGCUCCUUAAGCUGGGUAACUCCACAGAUGCUGAGUGUGCCUUUUCCUGAUAAACAGACUCCGGUCACGGGCGACCCCUUUCUACCGGCGAUAACAGCCAUAAUUGAAAUGGACGCCAAAAGAGCGCCGCAGGACAAACUUGCAUGUGUGUCCAAAUGCAGUCAACAUGUCUUUGAAGCGCUCUCCUCCUCGAACAGUGAGCCCGCCAACGCCGACGACUUCCUGUCAGGCCUGAUCUAUGUGGUGCUGAAGGCCAAUCCGCCUCGCCUUCACUCCAACAUGCAGUACGUGAUUCGCUUUGGACUCCCUCACAGUCUGAUGGCCGGAGAGAGCGGCUACUAUUUCACAAAUUUGUCUUGUGCGGUGGCCUUCAUUGAAAAGCUGGACGGACCAGCACUCAACCUUAGUCCAGAAGAGUUCGACGGCUACAUGCUGCGUCAGCGUGCUCCUGCCGUCAGGACCAAGAGGCUGCAGAUCGCUAACGACACACAACACCUGAUACAAGAGCUACAGGGCAGACAGGAGAAGCUGGACCAGGGGAUGGAUGCUCUCAACAUGCAGCUACAGGAGUGGGUCCAAGCAGUUCAUUUCCAGCUGGAUGAAGCGACGGCCCAGUUUGCUCUCGUGCAGAAGGAGAUUACGGCUCAGACUGAGCUCUCACUAGAUACUUCAUCCUCAUCCAGUAACGCAUCGAAGCAGGGGGCUAACGAGGAGCCGUCUGUGCUGGUGCUUAAGGAUAAACAGGCAGGUCCAAAAGACACAGACUGUUAGCCAUAUUAAUAUUAAAAACACCUAACCUGGUACUUGACUCUUUGCAAUCAUCAGCACUAACGUUUUCAGGCUGCAAUACAAAUAGCGAUGUUUAUUCUGAUGCCACACUUGCACAAGUUGAAACCACAGAAACAUGAAGGAAAACGUCUCACAGAAGGCAGCGUCGCUGAGCACAGAGAAGUUUUUAAUGACUGUUUUUAAAACACGAGUUGCACUUGUAUCCCGUUCCAAGGUGAAGACCAUUUAAAAAAAAAAAAAAAAAACACGUUGAGUUUUAGAAACAGAUCAUAAUUAAUAUUAAAGCACUCAGGGUACUCAGCACUUACGCCACCUUAGACUUAAGGAGGGCUUAUUUGAUAUUCACUUUUUUUAAUAGUGUGUACCGUCGUGCCUGUCUGUAGAUUACUGUGAAAUUAAAACUGCCAGAGAAAUGUUAGAUAACAGGUCAGGGGGUGUGUUCAUUCAAAUGUUCUUUUCAGUUCUGUGUAACGGUUCCCGAUAAGCUGCCUUCAUUGUCUGUACAGAGAUAACAAACCUGGGUGAAAGCUAUUUGUCACACAUUUUACCGUCUGUGUAUGUUUCCAGAAGGUGCCCGCUGCUCACAACUAUUGAAGGGAUUCUGAAGAAAUUAAAGGAUUAAAGAUUUUAUGUAAUUAUUUUAUAAAAUAUGAUAUUAAAGUGACAUAUGAUUUACCAAUAUGA